AUGCCUUUCUUUUCCUUCACUGGUGUCCUGGUGUCCUCUGUGGGCGGCAUGAUUCUCAAAAACAUUAAAACUGUUAUCAAAGCCUUCAAGCUCAUUGAUGUUAACAAGACUGGUCUGAUCCAGCCCUGUGAGCUGAGGAAAGUUCUGGAGACCUUCUGUUUGAAGAUGAAAGAUGAUGAAUAUAGAAAAACAAUAGGCAAGAUUCAUCAAAGUGGAAAAAAAAGGUUUGUGAAACACUACAACAUUGAUAAAGAUACUGCAGUGGAUUAUAAUGUUUUUUUGAAGAACCUCAGUGUAAAUAAUGACUUGAAUCUUAGGUAUUCUGUGGGAAAUCAAGAGAUCUCAUGGAACAAUCAGCCAGUCAAAAAUUCCAAAGGGGAGUGCCUCCACAGCUCUGUUUCAUCGGAAGAUGUCUGGAAAAACUGUUCCUUAGACGAAAUUGAGAGGACCUUUUGCCAAGAGCUUCCCAAGUCUUAUGAAAAGGUUGAAAAAGCCCUGAGUGCAGGGGACCCCUCCAAAAGUGGAUAUGUGUCUUUGAAUUACCUAAAGAUUGUCUUCGACACCUUUGUAUACCGAUUACCAAGGAGAAUUUUUAUCCAGUUAAUGAAAAGAUUUGGACUUAAAACCACCUCCAAAAUCAAUUGGAAACAAUUUCUAACAUCACUUUAUGAUUCCCAGUGGUUGGAAGUCAACAAUACAGUUCCCCUGACAAAAAGAAAUAGCAUCACCUCUAGAAAUCAAUCUCGCAAGGAAAACAUUCUCACAAAGUUACCCAGACACGAGGAUCACUAUACAUCAUUGAAGAAAGCACUACUGAUCGCCAACACUAAACCUGAUGGACGGAUAACAGGGGAAGAAUUGCGACGUCUCCUAAAUUGCAUGGUUGUAAAAAUCAGUGAUUCAGAAUUCAAAGAAUUGAUGCAAACGCUUGACCCUGGGGACACUGGAUGGGUCAAUGUCUACACGCUUAUCGAACUGCUUGAAGAGAACCCUAAGGUGGAAGAAAUUGUUCAGGACUCGAUUACUAGGAAUCUCCAAGCCUUCUACAAAAUGCUACAGUCAUAUGACCUCGGAGACACGGGGCUCAUUGGUCGAAAUAAUUUCAAGAAAAUCAUGCGCAUAUUCUGCCCAUUUUUAACGAUCGAACAUUUACUGAAACUCUGCAGCAAGUUUCAGGAUAUCGCUUCAGGAAAAAUCCUUUACAAGAAACUUUUGGCAUGCAUGGGAAUUAGUGGCCCUCCCACCAUCUCUCCAGUUCUUGUUCCAAAGGGUCAGCUGUUAAGUGAACGUUUUCAAAAAGAGGAACAGCUGCUGGAUGUUUCAGAGAGAACCAAGCCCACUGAGGACAGAAGCACCCUGGCUAAGAAUAUGACCAAGGAUGAAGUGAUUGAAAAACUCAAAAACCAUAUCCAGCAGCGGGACCCAGCAUUCAGAAAAACAUUUCUUGACUUCAGCAAGGAACUUAAUGGCAAAAUUAAUGUGCGUGACUUCAAGAAGGUACUGGAGGCUAGCGGAAUGCCCAUGGAUGACGACCAGUAUGCUCUGCUGACUGCAAAAAUAGGAUAUCAGAAAGAAGGGAUGAGUUAUCUUGAUUUUGCAGCAGGAUUUGAAGAUGCUAAAAUGAAGGGGCCAGAAGUGACCCCAUUGCAGACUCCAGUUCUUUCAAAGAAUAAUUUAGACAGCUACUUUAUAACCGCUGAAGAAUGCCUGAAGCAGUUCCCCCAGAGACUGAAGGAAGCCUUCCGGGUGGGCGUGGACGAGGCAAAACCAAAACAGAAGGUCGCAGAUUCAGAACUAGCUUGUGAACAGGCUCAUCAGUAUCUUGUUACCAAAGCAAAAACCAGAUGGUCAGACUUAUCUAAGAAUUUUAUAGAAACUGAUAAUGAGGGCAACGGCAUUCUUCGGCGGCGGGAUAUAAAGAACGCACUAUAUGGGUUUGAUAUUCCUCUUACACCGAGGGAAUUUGAAAAGCUCUGGAUGAGCUAUGACACGGAGGGAAGAGGACACAUAACUUACCAAGAAUUUGUACAGAAAUUGGGGAUUAACUACUCAGCAGACAUUCAUCGGCCCUACGCGGAGGAUUACUUCAACUUCAUGGGUCAUUUCACGAAGCCCCAGCAGAUGCAAGAGGAGGUCAAGCAGCUGGAGCAGAGCACGGAUAGGGCCGCGCCAGUCAGGGAAAAGUUUAAGGACCAUUAUCAAGAUAUCAGCAAAGCACUCACCAAACUAGACAGAUGGAAAAACGGUUAUAUAUCCAUAGGCAGGAUGCAGAAGGUGCUGCAGGAGUGUGGCUGUUCUCUUAAGGAAGAGGAGCUGACCGAUCUUCUACACAGUUGGGGAAUCAGCUGGCAUGAUAACUCCUUCAAUUACCUUGACUUCUUGAAAGCGGUGGAAAGCAGCAAGCCAAUAAGACCUCAGCCAAAAGAAAAAGAGGAGAACACGCCAGUCAAUUUCUCAACACUGGACCCAGAGGACGUUGUCAAGAACAUCCAGGAAGUUGUUGCCUCCUCCGACGUGGCUUUGUCAACGGUAUGACAGACUGAAAGUACUUUUAGUCUAGAAACUG